AUGAGCUCCGGCCGCAGGUGUAGCGUGCUCGAGUCGCAGUGUCCCAGCGGUGACGCCAUGGUGUGUCAGGAUGAAGGACCAUUUCCUGGGCUGGUGACGAAGCUCCAGCGAUACAAGGACGCGGACAAGUGCCGGUCUUAUGCAUUGUUGAAGUGGCACGAGCUGCUCCAGCCUGUCAAGUCGCAGAUGCUGGAGGUCAAGAGGUUGAUCGGCUCGUCGACAACUGAGCAAGCUGCCGAAACAAGCACCAUGGAUGUUGAGGAGGAGAAUCUGGCACAGACCCUCGGGCAUGGUCUAGUCACUGAGUAUGAAUGCAGCAACGACUCUCGGCGCAUGCAGAUCCUGGUCUCAGAGCUAGCGCGGCUGGUCAAAGAAGACUUCACACAUAAGGCUCCGGAUCUUCGAAGUAUGCUCCUCUCAAAGGAGGCUAUCCAAGAAGACCUCAAGCUCAUGCUGCCAUUCGCCUUGUACAGAUGUUCAUUAUUCUUUAACGUGGAGUCCGUCGUGAAAGCUCUACGGCAGGUUGACGACAGGCUUGUUCUAGUCAAGUCCGUCGUCUCCAACUGUCCUUCAAGUGUGGAGGGCAUCGUUUCGUCGCUUAUCGAUCAGAUCUCUCAAGGGUCCAGCCGUUAUUUUGCAAGGAACAGUCAGCCCAAACCGCAGGCUCCACUGUCCAACAAGCAAGACUCUGCACCCGACCCCGACUCGCAAUGGUGGUCCAGGGUGUUGGAGCAUGUGGCCAGCCUAUCACUUGCGAAUGCGCGGAGAGUACGACAAGAGCUGAUGAAUGCCACUGUCCUCCCUGAACUUGUGAUGUCGAUUACGGUACUCAUGGUCAAGGACUCUCUUGCCUUCCUCCUCAGCCACACGCACGGGCACGAGUGGCUAUGGGAGUACAUCCACUCAACUCUUUCCACGGAUGCAGUCGCAGUGAAGAGCUCCAACGGCUCCCCAGGCCAGCUUGCGGUCUACAAGCUUUUGAGCGCAAUGUCCAACUCGCUUUCAACGGUUACCAGCAGCAGCACGCCCUCUAGCGACCUCGGCAUCCACAGCCCGGACCAGAGCUCUGACGGGAGGAAAUCUGCGACCGUCAUGGCUGACUGCGACGAGGAUGUUGAGGUUCUGGGGGAUCAUGGGGCCGCCGGCCUCCUCAAGCUCUACUGCGCCAUGAUCGCUCUUGGCUCCAUGCAGCCAAGCUUGCAGGAGGUUCUUGGGAGCUCUGCGCUGCCAGUGCAUGGCAACGUCGCCAAAGCGCAGGCGGGCCUGUUUUACAUCCUCUGCCGGGGUCGAGCUGGGGGUUUCCAGGAGGCAGAAGGAGCAGAGGGCAAGGGAGCGGGGAGGAUUUUCAGCGGGGAGGAAAGGCUCCUCGCCUUCUGCGCGCUGAUCCUCUGGCCCCGGCUCAAGUCAGUGAUCCCCCAGCACGUGGUGACUGCGUCCAUCAAGAGCCUGUGGAACGCUAGCUCGGCUCCAGCUGUGCCCAAGGCAGAUUCGUCCACGAGGUCGUCUCCCCUCGCUUCUCCGACGGCAGCUUCAGCUGGGGAGUCGCUGGGAAGCUCUGGGGGGGUACAGGAUGGCAACGAGGCCGUGAACUCCACGCAAAUGGCGGUCGAGCCGGGAUCGCAGGGAGGAGGGGGGACAGCAGCAGCACCAACAGCAGCAGCAGGGGUAGGGGUAGGGUUAGGGGGUGCCACAGAGUGUGGAGAGGUCGACGACGUGACGAUCUUGCUAAGCUUGUUCGUGACGAGGGAUCUGGUGGCGGUGGGGGAGCUGGUGCGAACUGCGACGGGCCUGUCGUGCCACGUGCAGGGCGAGUCGUUGAACAAACUUGCGGACAUGAUUGCGGAGGGGACGGACGUCAAGCAGCUGUCAAGAGCUGUCCUGGGGUACGAGAGCUCGGUGGAGGGGAGCAGCGGACCAGGCGGCGUCUCCCCCCUGAAGGAGUCGAGCAUGAGGGAGAGCGCGAGGAUCCAAUGCGUCUACUCGCUUGCGCGCGACGGCAAGUUGAUAUCCUCAGUCCAGGACGGGGAAAGGUUCAACCGAUGGCUGCUGCACGUGAUGGGAAACGCGCCGUUCCCCCUUCCCAACGUCCUCCCGCAGGUUGUGGGACUCCCUCUCCCUGCUCUCAAGAGCCUGCUGGAAGCGCGCGAGUCAGAGUUGCUAGAGGGAAGGGAGAUGUCCAGCUCGGACCAGAGCAAGAGCAAGUCCACAGGAGCGAUCCUCGCUGCCUACUACCUCCUGAGCAGGAGGUCGCAAUGGAUCUCCAAGCAGGAAGCGAUGGUGGCCAUGCUGCCUCUCAAGGUCUACCUGCAAGAGAUCGAGCAGGGAGGGUAUCAGGCCAUCCAGCCGCAGUUCCUGCAGAUGGUUGUUGAGCAGUUCCCCGAGGUCCUCCUCGACUCUCAUCGCUCCAUCGCCUCUGUGGGAACCGACCCGACGCUUCAGGACGCACUCAAGUCCUGCUCCUCUUCCACCACCUCCUCUUCCUCUUCUUCCGCUCCUGCCUCCUCGCUCCUCACUCCUUCUCCCCCCCUUCCCUUCCCUCUCGACCACCGCAGGGCAAGGAACGCCUUCCUCAACUACUCCAGCAACCCUCAGGCCUGCCUCCUCAUCCUCGACGUCCUCUCGCGCCUGCCUGACGGCGAGCUGGAGCAGUUCGCAGGCCUCCUCCUCAUGAUCCUCCUCCCUCGCAUGCUCGUCCAGCAGGUGUCGGGCAGCACAGACCAGUCAGCCCAGCCCUCCCCCAGCGUCAUCGCUCCCCUCUUCGAGGCCCUGUGGGAUCGGCUGCUUGCUCGACAUCCCUGCCCCAUCGUCGCCAAGACCUCCUACUCCCUCCUUCACUACAAGUCCCUCGUGGCCUGCGAGGAGGACGCGUCCAUCAGCUCGGACAGCCUCUUCAUGGGAUGGAAGUGCUGGGGUUGGGGGGCUCCCGAGCUGGGCAGGUUGACAGGGAGGGUGUUCGACAUCAACACGAGCGGGCUGAGCGGAGGAGAAGCGUUUGAGUUCUCCCUGCUCUCCUUUCACGAGUCGCUGUCAAGGGAUGUAUUGACGAUCUUGUCGAUCGACGACCACAUAUUCCACGAGCCUUCUCUGCUCCGAAUUGUCUUGAGCUGCCUGGCUCUCUAUCAGACGAUCAGCGAGAUCAGUUUUGAUCAUGAAGUCUCCAAGUCGCAGAAGAUGGAUGAAAAGAUGCUAGACGAGCAGCUGAGUGUAAUCGUCAACACUCAGAACAGCGCGAUCAUUCAGAUCUUGUUGGAGAUUUGCUUGCCCUUCGUUGAAGAUGAUUCCUUGCUUGCUAUUGAGAACCGCAAGGCGAUCUGUCAGUACAUUCAUCGAGUAUUUAUCAAGAAUACCAUCCUCGUCAAGCUCGUCCACUUCCAGGGUUACAAUCCGAAACUCAUCAAGUGCCUCGUCGACAACGUUCCUGCCAUGCAUCCUGACCCCAGGACUCGCUCCUUCGCAGUGCUGCUCGCUGGGCAUGUCGCGCACAAAUGGCCUCUCAAGGAGACGGAGAAAUUGGUGAACCUCGCCCUCCACCGUAUCCGAGAAGCUGCAAGCUCUGACGACAGGGCUUCUCUUCGAGAGAUGAUUCCUAUCCUCCCUAUUAUGGCUGUGACGUUCCCUCGGACGGGACUAGAAGAGGCUGUCCCAGUUGCUCAGCAAGCCGUCAAGGUUCUCGUACAAGUCAAGUUUGACACCUCGACGGAGGAGGACGAGGAGGAGAAACUCGACGGUUUGAUCGACGAGGCCAUGACUGCCAUCAUGGAGCGCGUGCUGCUGCUGCAAGGAGUCGCCGUGUGA